CGAGAUGUGAAGAUCAUGGGAUGAACCUUAUAGACCUAAUUGACCAAAUAAGUCCAAGAUUGAGUUUCUUUCGAACGAAAGAAGGUAGGCCCAGCCCUAAGACUAAGUUAAUGAAUCCCGUAGAGCGGCGGGGGGUUGAGGCCGAAGUUGGAAAAAGGUAAAGUCGUUGAAAAAUGGUUUUCUCAUUACUUCAUUAGCAGUAUAUCUUCCAAACGUUUCAUGCUUUACUUCAAACAGGUGUACCUCGCAUCCAGUCUGCUUAGAGAAUGUCUCCUUUCAGUUGAAUCUUAGGAUUUGACUUCAGCUCAAAGGGAAGUGCAUGAAGAUUCAGCUUAUACCAAUCCAGAGGUGACGAUCAAGAUGUGCGAGCCGUAUACGAAUUGGAAUACGAUCAGAGAAAGCAAGUCUAAACUGAGGGAUCAAUACGGGCUGGAGGGUGAUAUGUUAUUCACCAACUUAGUCUCCAUGAAUAUAUUCACCAAUAUGGAAGAGAAAGUCAUCAGUAACAUAAAGAAUCAGCAUGACCGCUUUGACGUGAUCUUUCCUAUCCUGUACAGCAAAGAUCCUAUGGCAUACCUACCACUCUUCCUCGCCGCACUCAACAAUGUAAACCCUAGAGCAGCAGAUUACUUGCAGGGUCUUCUCCUUUCUCAGGACCGCACGACUCCCAAAAGUGCCACUCUGGAUGACGUCAGACGGGUGAAAGACAUAUUGAAUAACCCGAACACCAUCGUCAAUAUCGACCACUUCCUCGACAUUCUUUCAAUGAAAAGGGUCUUGUCUGUAGUAGAAGAAAGAGAGAUUAGGAGGCGAUCUUCCUACAAGGGAAAGAUAGAUUCCUCGUUCGACAUCCUCCUGGCACAGGACGCUGCGGAGAUGUAUGAGAAACUCAUUGGAACCCUGAGGGAGAUGGGCCGCAGUGACAUCGUCGAGAAGAUCCAGCAAACCUGA